CUAGGCUCGCCCUCGGGCCGCGCCUCGCCGUGCGCAGGGAGGGGGCCGCGCCGGCAGCGUCCGCGGGGGCGGCGCGGCGGCGGGAGGUGGCGAUCGGCUCCCGGCCUCGCAGCCACAGCCCCCGGCCCAGCGGGCCUCUCCGCGGCGCCGCCCGGCCCAGCCGCCCCGGGGCCCCCGGCGGGCAGGAGCGCCGGAAACUUCCAACUUCCCGAGUUCUAAAGUUCCUGUUGCUUCAGACAAUGGAUGAGCAAUCACAAGGAAUGCAAGGGCCACCUGUUCCCCAGUUCCAACCCCAGAAGGCCUUACGACCGGAUAUGGGCUAUAAUACGUUGGCCAACUUUCGAAUAGAAAAGAAAAUCGGUCGCGGGCAAUUUAGUGAAGUUUAUAGAGCAGCCUGUCUCUUGGAUGGAGUACCAGUAGCUUUAAAAAAAGUGCAGAUAUUUGAUUUAAUGGAUGCCAAAGCACGUGCUGAUUGUAUCAAAGAAAUUGAUCUCCUUAAGCAACUCAACCAUCCAAAUGUAAUUAAAUAUUAUGCAUCAUUCAUUGAAGAUAAUGAACUUAACAUAGUUUUGGAAUUAGCUGAUGCUGGUGAUCUAUCCAGAAUGAUAAAGCAUUUUAAGAAACAAAAGAGGCUAAUUCCUGAAAGGACCGUUUGGAAGUACUUUGUUCAACUCUGCAGUGCAUUGGAACAUAUGCAUUCUCGACGAGUCAUGCAUAGAGAUAUAAAACCAGCUAAUGUGUUCAUUACAGCCACUGGAGUGGUCAAACUUGGAGAUCUUGGGCUUGGUCGGUUUUUCAGCUCCAAAACCACAGCUGCACAUUCUUUAGUGGGUACACCUUAUUACAUGUCUCCAGAGAGAAUACAUGAAAAUGGAUACAACUUCAAAUCUGACAUCUGGUCUCUUGGCUGUCUACUGUAUGAGAUGGCUGCAUUACAGAGUCCUUUCUAUGGCGACAAAAUGAAUUUGUACUCGCUGUGUAAGAAGAUAGAACAGUGUGACUACCCACCUCUCCCUUCAGAUCACUAUUCAGAGGAACUACGACAGUUAGUGAACAUGUGCAUCAACCCAGAUCCAGAGAAGCGACCAGACAUUACCUAUGUUUAUGACGUAGCAAAGAGGAUGCACGCGUGCACUGCAAGCAGCUAGAUUCAUGGAAGAUCAUGAAGAACGUAACCAAAAUUAUUUAAAGUAUUUUUGUGCAAAUCAUACCUCCCCAUUUUUGUCUGGGUGUUAAGAUGAAUAUUUCAGAGCUAAUGUGCUUUGAAUCCUUAACCAGUUUUCAUAGAAGCUUCAUUUUGUACCAGUCUAAGUCACCUUCUUGGAAACCCCAAAUGACUUUGGAUAGUCACUUUGCAUGUUAGGAGAGUAAAUGAAACUUAAUGGUUUUUAAUGGCUAAAGGUUUUUAGAAUUAUUCAGAUUUUUUUUUCUGAUAAAUUGUGUUCAGAUAAGACUUUCAGUGCCAAAAAUGGAAAGUGCAGCUUGGCACUCAUCAAGACAGACUUGUAACAUGAGGAAGAGUAUCUGAACAUGUGACUUGUUUGCUUUUUCGUCAUUUAUGGACAUUUGAGAUUAGCACAAUUGUGAACUUUUGUGAUUUUUUUUUUAAGUUUGAAGUCUGUGUUUUAGUACUUAACAUUGUAGCUUUGAAAUAUAAUUCUUAAGAUAAAUGUAGACAAACUAUUUGAGAAACACUUAAAAUUGUUAGCUUAUACAUUCAAAAUGCAACUAUUAAAUGUGAAAAAAAUUGGGGGACAAAAUGUGAGUCAGACACUGAAGAGUUCUUUGCUUUAUUUUGUUCUGUUUUAAUAUCUUUGAUAUUCUCUCUGCAUUAAAAUGGUAUAAAUGAAUCCAUUUAAAAAGUGGUUAAGGAUUUGUUUGGCUGGUGUGAUAGUAAUUUUGAAAGUUGCACAUUGCCCGAGGCUUCUUUUGUGUUUUUAUUAUUGUUUGUACAUUUGAAAAAAAUCUUUGAAUAAUCUUGCAGUACUAUAUUUCGAGUUCUUUAUAAAUUUAAAUUCUCUUCAUAAUUGUACACUAUAAUGUAAGCAUAUGUUUUUAUUCAUAGAUUUUAUUGAAGUUCUGAUUGGUCCCCUUCAGAAAAGUUUUUGUCUUCUUCAAGUUGAUUUAUUUAUAUUGUAUGUGCAUUUUAUCCAUUUUGUUUCAGAUUUUCUGAGAACAUAUACCCUUUAAAGAAAUAUUUGGUAUACCAACACUUUUCCUGGAUUAAACCCAUUUUUUUUUUAACUUUUUAAAAUUUGGGCCACCCUGUAUGCGUGUCAUUUUGUUUUGUUAGGGAGGAAGAAAGGAUGUGUGUUGUGCUGUACCUGUGAAUGUUGACACAGUUUCGAUUCAUUUGACAAGGUUGUAAUUUUAGAAUAUGUUUAAAGCAAUGAAAACUGGCCAUUACCACAGCCAGAGUUUUAUGAGAUUAACAUUUCUGUUGAGAAGCUUUUAAGCCAAGUACUGUAUUCAUGCAUGAAGAUGACAGAGAUGGUAACGCUUCAUUUAGUUUAAGGAAAUGGGCAGAGUUUAGUAAAUGCUGUUAUGGAGAUAUGUUUUCCAUGAAUGCCUUCAUGUGAGUGGCGACCAGUUCUUCACAGAAUUGUGAAAGCCAAAAGGCCGAGUGGCAGUCACCGUUCAAGGACGCCAUUGCCACCUAUAACCCAACCUUGGGACGGAUAAUCCUGUCAACGUGGAAACUUCAUGUUCGGAGAAUACCUACCGUUAGCUGAUUUAACUGCUGGGGUUUUUUUUUCCCCCCCCUUUAUAAGUAUUUUUCUUACAAUCAUUUGAAUACUUUCAAGUCAUUUGUAAACUUAAAAAAUGGUUUAUUAAGGGAAAAAGCAUAAACUUUUUUUUUCUUUUUCAAAAUGUAAUCAGUUAUGAUAUCUGAAGGGUAACUUUAUCCUGGGAUAGACAAAGGACACCUGGGUGGUCCUUUAAAUGAGGGCUGGAUGGAUGCAUUGUGUGAUUUUUAGUUACAGCUUUUACACUGAGCAUCCAUAGAUUUGUCUCCUGAAGUAUGAGUAAGUAGAAUUAUUUUUGUUAAAAUAGUGUCAUGUUCAUUUUAUUGUAAUACAGUUGAAGAGGAAAUUGUUUUGUAGUUGGAACAGAUAGUCCCCUUUUUCUUGCAGUCUUUAAAAAUACAUGAAUCUAAAAUUCAUUAGCUUAACCCCUCACAGUGACUUUUAAGCAAAGAUUUAAGCUUCUCUUUUCAGUGAGUCUCUGCUAGAAGGAAAUAGCUGGGAAGAAUUUAAUGAUCGGGGAAAUCCAUUAUUAUUUUCUAAAUGUGGAAACUUUCUGUUUUGGAUAUUGUAUCUUUUUCUUAUCUAAGUGUUCAUAUUUUUUCCUGAAGAAACCACUGUGUAGACAAUAAAUUUUAAUUUUGAAUGAGAUCAUUUCAAAAAAUUAUGAGGAUAAUUAGUUUUAAUUUUUAUACUCACCUAUAAAUGUUCUCUUUAUAUUCCUGUUUAUAAGUAAAUUUUGUACUGAUUAAGAAAAACAUUUGAAUUGAGUGGAGAAACAGUAAAAUGAAAGGUACAUCUGAUUCUAAACCUUAUUUAGAUAUUGGUACCAGGUCCCCAGAGGAAAAUGUGGGGUAACUUUGUUUUGUAUGUUGAGGUUUAGGAAUGGUGGAUGAAGGGUAUCCCUGUAUAAAUAAAGUGCUCAACAAUGUGCAAUGAUUGUAAAUUUAGUAAGAUAUUACAGCCAUUUCAUGAAUGCUUUUACCAUUCUACAUAGCACCUAUCACAAAACACCUUUCUUGUAUCAAUAUACUUCAGGUGUUGCUGUUAACAUUUACAUGAUAUUUAUUUUAACCAAAAUGUUAUUCAUAUUAAAUGUUUUUUUCUUUAAAAUGAAUGUAUUAUGUUUAUAACCCACAAAUGCAUAAUUAUCCUAUGCCUCAUAUUUCAAUAGUACUGUAAUAUGGACUUCUUUUGUGAAAUACUUUUAUUUUGUUAUGCUUCCAAUACACAUACUAAGAAAGAUUCUGUUGUUAGCUUUGAAAAUUGUAUAAUAUCCUAAUAUAAAUAAAAACAUAAAAUUAAACAA